UUUCAGAACUCAUUAAACAUGGUGUUGACAAUUUACAAAAUGGACAAAAGUCCACCUGUAAGGGCUGUGUUUAUGACCAUUGAGGUCUUAAAGAUCCCAGAUGUGAAGUACGUGGACGUCAACCUUCUGGAAAAGGAAAAUCUAACAGAAGAUUAUUUAAAGAUGAAUCCUCAGCACACAGUUCCGGUUAUGAAAGAUGAUGACUUCAGUAUUUGGGACAGCCACGCCAUUGCAGCAUACCUGGUUACCAAGUAUGGGAAAACCAGUUCUCUUUACCCAACUGAUCCAAAAAAAAGAGCGGUCAUCGACCAACGUCUCCAUUUUGACAGUGGUGUACUGUUUCCGUCUUUGAGUAGACUUAUUGAACCAGUGUUCUUCAAAGGGGAGAAAGCCUUCAGACCUGAUGAUGUAGAACAGGUUAAGACGGCCUACGGUUUUGUUGAUGCGUUCCUGUCAAAAUCUCAGUGGCUGGCAGGCGAUAAUAUGACAUUGGCCGAUAUAUGCUGUGUGGCUACCAUCAGCACUUUGAAUGAAGCUUUCCCUGUAGAUGAAAAGGCAUAUCCAAAGCUAUCUGCUUGGUUCAAUCGCCUCAAACAGCAAGAGUUCUAUAAGAAACGCAAUGAACCUGGUUUGGCGCAAAUCCGUGCUAUUAGUCAAAAGAUGUUAAGUGGUUAAGCUAAUGCUUGGCAAUAUUGUUUUAAUACAGGUAAUGGAUUAAACAGGUUUUUUUUUUUUUUACUUGAAUAUAUGAGGAUUUUAAA